UAGUCUUGCGCUGAACAUUUACUGGUAGAAACAAAUAUUAUCGAUUAUGCCAUUAACUUUAAAUUUUCUUUAAUCAUCAAUAUGUAACAAUAGAAAAAGUUAGUGACCGUUAUUAAGAUUACAAAUUAAAUUUUUUCGGAUAGAAUUUGAUCAUGGCCGCUUCACCAAAACGGACAGAGGAUAGUAUCUCUAACAACAAUGAGACAAAAGAGAAAGAUAAAGUAAAAUCAAACUCAUCAGCAUCAAGUGAUACAUCUAUAUUAAAUUCUGAUGAAAACAUUGACAAAGAUAACAAUUCUAUCACUUCCGAGGAAUUUGAAAAUAAAACACAAAAAAAGUCUCAGAUUAAAAAAUCUAAAAAUAGUGAGAAAAAAAAUUCUAAAGAUCUCAAAAUUGAUUCAAUCGAUUGUCCAAUAUGCUUAGGAACAGCUGUAAUUCCUACACGUAUAACUUGUGGUCACAUAUUUUGUUUUCUUUGUGUAAAAGGAGUAACUAGAAGAUCGAGUAAAUGUCCUUUAUGUCGUCAGCCAAUACCUUCUGAUUUUGAUAAAAAUCCUACUGUAUUGGAAAAGCAUGAUAUAGAAACUCUUGAAGAUGGCUAUCAAUGGUUUUAUGAAGGGAAAAAUGGAUGGUGGUUGUAUGAGAAACGAACAUCAGAAGAAAUUGAGGAAAAUUUUAAACUUAAUAACAUGAAAUUUGAUUUACUUAUUUGUGGUACUAUGUAUACAAUUGAUCUGGAUCGUAAUAUACAGUUUAACAAAGAAAACCCAGUAAGGAGAAGAAAAAUAAAACGAGAAAAUGCUGAAAACAUUGCAGUUAAAGGAGUUGCUGGAGUUCAUUAAAAGAUUGUUUUUUUUUUUAUAUUUAAAAUGUUUGUCAGAUUUUUAACUUAAUAAAACAUUUAUGAAUUUCAAUUAUUAUACUAUUAAGUCUAAACAAUUAUAUUUAGUACUUAAAUCAAACUA